AUGAAUGUAGUCGUGGUCGAAAUCUUAGAGGCAGAACAGAGCUUCAAAUCAACGCGAGAGAGAUUGAUUGUAUCAGUCCGCGGAAGGGAAACACACACAGACAUCCGCGCUGUCUCCUGCUCUGGGCGGCCCUCAGACAAGGACCAGAAAGAGGGAAUGAACGUGAGGCGGUCGGGGGUCUUGACUUGUCGGCCUGGCAUAAAUCGAAGAAGGAAAACGACCGCAAACGGGCGGCAAUUUAUUAUUGCGGACAGCCAGCAGGGUGAGAAACGAAACAAAGAGAGGCCUCUGUCGAUUGAUAAAGAAGCGGCGGAGCGGUUUUUUGUCUGGCGGCGGUUAAACGUCAACGCCCAGCAAGAGCAAUUAAACGGCGGGGGUCUGCGAUGGUCUGGAACACAGUGGUGCUCAAGGCUGAUGUUCAAGGUAAAGGAUGGCGGAGAAACAAUUCCAGAGAAAAGAGAGAAUAUUUUUCUUAUGGGUCUGUAA